CCGGCGGUUUAGAGCGGCAAGCUGAGGGCUACUUGACGGUUUGUCUCGUGAGGGUGGAGUUGGAAGGCGCGGGGCGUUGGGAGGACCGUUGGCGGGUCCCGUCAUGUCUGACUGGGAGGCAGAGAACGAAGAGGAGGAACCGAGCGGGACCGCCACCAAGCGUGCGCUGGUCCAAUGGCGCCCGACGACCACGACUCUCCCCGUGCGGGCUGGCGGGAACCCAGCGGCGGGCGAAGACGAGGAGGAAAGGGCCGGUGGAAGGAAAAGGGAGCCCCCGCGGCGAACCUCUGCCCGCGAGUCCUGGCAGUCGGGACCCUUGGAGUAUCGAGCCCGAGGCUCCUUUCGUGGAAGUGACCGGGAGAGCUCGGGGUCGUCGCCCUUGUGCUUCCAGCUGGAUAACGCUCUUGUCGGCACUCUCAUAGGUCGAGGUGGAACUAAAAUAAAAGAGCUUGAAGAAUCAUCAGGUUGUAAAAUAAAGGUUGUAAGGGGAGGUUAUCAAGCUGAAAUAAAGAUAUUUGGUGAUGGCAAUAAACAGAUGAAAGCCAAAAUGCUGGUUGAUAGCCUUCUUGAGGGAAGUAGCCAAAACUGUGCAGGAGAAAAGUGUGUUAAAGAUCCCUUCAGACAUCAAGCAAUUGGAACCAGUCGUUACAAUGAAAGCCAUUCUGGAGUUGUGAAGCCUGAAUGCAGUAAUCUGAAACAAUCCAUUAAUUGGGCUUCUCUUCGAGAAAAUAAAGCUAAAUAUGAAGCUAUGAAAUGGGCUGGACUACCUCCAAUUGAAAAAUGUUUCUAUAAAGAAUCACCAAUAAUUGCUUCUAUGUCUGAAGAAGAAGCAGCUAGGUGGAGAAUAGAGAACAAUAAUAUCACAUGUGAUGACUUGAAAGAUGGUGAAAAGCGUCCUAUUCCCAACCCUAUCUGCAACUUUGAAGAUGCUUUUCAAUAUUAUCCUGACAUUAUGGCAAAUAUAAAGAAAGUUGGCUUUCAGAAGCCUACCCCAAUUCAGUCACAGGCUUGGCCAAUUAUACUUCAGGGAUUUGAUUUGAUUGGAAUAGCACAGACUGGAACUGGAAAGACAUUGGCUUAUCUGAUGCCUGGAUUCAUUCAUUUGGAUUUACAGCCAAUACCUCGAGAAAAACGUGGUGGACCGGGUAUGUUGGUUCUGACUCCCACACGAGAAUUGGCUCUUCAGGUUGAAGCAGAGUGCUCAAAAUAUUCUUAUAAAGGAAUUAGAAGCAUUUGCAUAUAUGGUGGUGGAGAUCGGAAGGGGCAAAUCGGCGUAGUUACCAAAGGUGUGGACAUUGUUAUUGCUACUCCUGGUAGACUGAAUGACCUUCAAAUGAACAACUUCAUAAAUCUGAGGAGCAUAACAUACUUGGUGUUGGAUGAAGCUGAUAGAAUGCUGGACAUGGGAUUUGAGCCGCAAAUAAUGAAGAUAUUACUAGAUGUACGUCCUGACAGGCAAACUGUCAUGACGAGUGCAACAUGGCCAGAUGGUGUUCGUCGUCUUGCAAGAUCCUAUUUGAAAGAUCCUAUGAUUGUAUAUGUUGGUACUCUGGAUUUAGCGGCAGUAAAUACAGUUGAGCAAAAGGUGGUUGUUAUUCCAGAAGAAGAAAAACGAAGUUUCACACGUUAUUUUAUUGACACUAUGAAGUCUCAAGAUAAGGUCAUCAUUUUUGUGGGCAAGAAAAUUACUGCAGAUGACAUGUCAAGCGAAUUCAGUCUCCAGGGAAUUCCAGUUCAGUCCUUACAUGGCAACAGAGAACAGUGUGAUCGUGAACAAGCACUGGAAGAUUUUAAGAAAGGCAGAGUUCGUAUUCUGAUAGCAACUGACUUAGCCUCCCGUGGGCUUGAUGUGGAGGAUAUCACUCAUGUUUUUAAUUUUGACUUCCCUCGCAACAUUGAAGAGUAUGUUCAUAGAAUAGGUCGUACUGGACGAGCAGGACGCACAGGGGAAGCUCUAACCCUUGUGACUAGGAAUGAUUGGAGGAUUGCAUCUGAACUGAUUGACAUUCUGGAAAGAGGAAACCAGGUAGUUCCCGAAGAACUGAUUUCAAUGGCUGAAAGAUACAAGCAAUUUCAGUUGAAAAAAGAAAUGGAAAGGGAUAUGGGAAAGCCUCAUGGGAAAUCACGGAAAGGGUUUUAAUCCAGUUGGGAGUAUAUGAACACAGUAAGUGCCUGUGGAAACAUUCAUAAUAAUUUUAGUGGAAAACUACUUAAAAGUCAUCAAGUGAUAAUGAUGAGGAUCAAGAUAUCAGACACAGAUUUACUACAACUAUACUGAAGAUCUGGAUCUGCUCACUGGAAGAUUGAUUUAACUGGGAAUCUUAUUUGCAUUGCUAUUCAAUUCGUUUGAAAAUAACCUUUAUGUGAUAUCAUGGCAUGCACUGAACUAUACUGAUUAUGUUUUCACACUUUCAGGGAGAAUUUGUACAGAAAGCAGAAGUUUUGAGUGCUUUUAUGUACCAACAUGGAGUUCUGAAAUAAUGGCAGUUAGGCUGCCUUGUAAUAUUGUCACACUUUUCUAGUUGCUAGAUAAUAUUUAGAUGCAAUACUCUAGCAAGUAUAUUUUGUCAGGUUUCACAUUUUGAUCCUUUUUUCAGCAAAGAAGGUUGACACUUUCAUCAAUACUACAGUGUGUUAAUUUUUGUUUUAUAGUUUGUAAUUUGGUUAGAUAAAAUAACUAUUCAUACAAUAAUUUUCAGAACAACAUUCAGAAAAGUUAAAAAGAAAUACUUAUGAGGCAAGGAUCCCUUCCUGUUCAUUUUAAUUUGGGGAAAAACUUAUUGUUUAGAAACAUGUGGUACAUUGCUUAAUUGGUAUCUAUGCAGUUUCUGUAACUUGCCAUAGCUAAUUGAUGAGUGGUACAUGAUUAUACAGUAAGAUGUAUGACCAGCUACAUGACUGAGACAUUCUCCAAUUCCUUGUCAAUUAACCAUCAAAAUUUAUGCAGAUCUGAUUUAAACAUGGAUAGUAAUCUGGCCAGUAUUCUUGCUUCUGAUCAUUUGCACAUUAAGUGAAUGUUAAAAGAAUAAAAGAGUUGUUUCACUGAUUUAUAGCUGCUGCAUAUUUUACUUGAUAAAUAAAAGCUCUUAU